AUGUCUCGGCAAAACUCUGAUCCCAUUGCAUUGAUUCCUACAAUUAAUGACGACGAUAAUGAUGUACCAGAUCUUGAUGGACCUGAUGAUGAUGACGAUAAUGACGAUGAAAUGAUAGCAAAAGCUCGUGCUCAUAAAUUAGCACAAGCUACAAAAGGAAAGUCACUUGAUUUCAAUGAACAAUUUCAAUUCCUUUUGGAUGACCCAGAGGAUAAGCGACUAAUAAAACACAGAAAUGAUAAUGAUGAUCAACUGAAAACAAGAGGAGAAUUAUCAAAUAUCGAUGAAAAAAUUGCUGAAGUUCGAAGCCGAAGAAAAAAGAAAAAUAAGCCCGACACUGAGGAAGAAAAUACAACAGCAAAUACUAUUGAAGAUGAAGCGUUUGAAAUGGAAGUGGAACAUGAACCGAUUUCAGAUAAAGUAAAAACAAAAGAAUCGAAAAAGAAAAAAUCCAAAGAUAAAAAAAAAGAUGAAUUCUUCGAAGAAUCACCGCCAUUCAAUCCGGAUCAAGUGUUUUCUGAAAUGAAAAUUUCUCGGCCAUUGCUUAAAGCUCUUUCAGCAAUAGGUCUACAUUCACCAACACCUAUUCAAGCAGCAACAGUGCCCCUUGCACUUCUUGGUCGUGAUGUUUGCGCUUGUGCUGUUACAGGCUCUGGAAAAACAAUUGCUUUUGCAUUGCCAAUUGUUGAACGACUUCUUUAUAAGCCUCAUCAAACUGCGCCAUGCACACGUGUACUUGUUUUGGCACCAACGCGAGAAUUAUGUGUUCAAAUUCAUCAAGUCUUUCGUCAACUAAGUCAAUUUGCUCAUAACAUAACGAGCUGUCUUUCAACUGGUGGUUUGGAUUUAAAAUCUCAGGAAGCAUCAUUACGUUUACAGCCUGAUAUUGUCAUUGCAACACCAGGUCGUUUAAUUGAUCACAUACACAAUUCGCCAACAUUUACUUUACAAAAUAUUGAAAUAUUGGUUCUCGACGAAGCUGAUCGAAUGUUAGAUGAAUAUUAUUUCGAGCAAAUGAAAGAAGUUAUUACUAAUUGUUCACGUACACGUCAAACAAUGCUUUUCUCAGCUACCAUGACUGAUCAAAUCAAAGAUCUUAUUCAAGUUUCACUUAAUCGUCCUAUUCGUUUAUUUAUUGAUGACAAUCAAUCUGUUGCACCAUAUCUUCGACAAGAAUUUAUUCGCAUUCGUGAACAUCGUGAAGGUGACCGGGAAGCUAUUAUUGCUGCUUUAAUUACGCGAACAUUUCAUGAUCGAGUUAUUGUAUUCGCACAAACAAAAAAACAAUGCCACCGUAUGCAUGUUAUGCUUGGUUUACUGGGACUUAAAAUAGGCGAAUUGCACGGUGAUCUUAAUCAAACACAGCGAUUGGAUACAUUAAGAAGAUUUAAAAAUGAAGAAAUCGACGUGUUACUUGCAACUGAUUUAGCUGCACGUGGUCUUGACAUUGAGAAUGUUAAAACGGUUAUUAAUUUUGUUUUGCCGAAUACACUCAAACAUUAUAUUCAUCGGGUUGGUCGAACUGCUCGAGCAGGAAAAACAGGACGAUCAAUUUCUCUUGUUGGUGAAAAUGAACGACAUUUAUUAAAAGAUAUCUUAAAAACAUGUAAAGUUCCGGCUAAAAUGCGUAUUAUUCCUCAAGAAAUUGUUCAAAUCUUUCGAAAUAAACUCGAAGAACUUGAACCAGAUAUUGAAGAAAUUCUCAAAAUGGAAUACGGUGAAAAAAUGCUUCAAACGUGUGAAACACAAAUCGAUAAAGCUGAAAAACGUUUAAAAGAUAGUAAAACAGAUACUAGCAAUGCAAAACGUGAAUGGUUUCAAAAUCGAAACGAACGUAUAGCAGAACAAGAUAAAUUACGGUUGGAUCCGCACAGCAAUAAAAAGAAAAAAGUAUCAAAAGAAGAACGUGAACAAAUACAAAAAAUGAAAUCAACGCCAAAAACGGCUGAUGAUCGAGUCAAAUUUGAAAUGCAAAAAGUUGCACGGUUUCAAACACGUCAAACGAAUGGAUCUUCAUCGAAACGACCUCGAGAUUCAUCAUCAUUUGAAACAGAUUUAACAAUCGAUAAACCUCAAUGGAGACCGAAAUCUACGCCACCAGCAGCAUCAGCACCAACGAAGAAAAGCAAACGAUAA